AUGAGUAAAAUAUACACCAAUUGUUUUGCCGGCAAUCAUACGGUGUUUGCGAGGAAAUACUGUUGUCGAGACGAUUCACCCAAAGAUUACACACAUUUUGAGUACUGUUGCGAUAUUGACACCUUUGCCGCACAGUUCAGUGAACAGACGAAAAUGAGGGCCUAUUGUGAGGAGGCACUGCGUUUCGGCGAUCACUACAUACGAGCGGAUCAGUUGUGUCGACACAUAACAGUAAUCCUGAACCCAAUGGCCAAUCGCCGCAAAAGUAAGCAAAACUACGAGAAAUAUUGUGCACCACUCCUGCAUUUGGCGGGCAUUCGGGUCAGUGUUGUCGUCACGGAGGCCGAGGGUCAGGCCAGGGAUCUCAUGGAGAUUAUGGACAACACGGAUGCGGUGCUGAUAGCGGGCGGCAACGGAACCGUUCACGAGGUGGUGACCGGACUCUUGCGACGGCCCGACAGUCGCGCGGCUGUCCAUCGCAUGCCAAUCGGUAUUCUGCCGGUCGGCCGAAGAAAUACAAUCGCUUUGCAGUUGAAUCGCUUGACCGACAAAAAUGUGAAGACAUACGAGGUUUUGGCGCAGUCGACGAUGUCUGCCAUCCGAGAGGUACUGAAAUCAGUGGAUGUGAUGAGGAUUGAGGGCACGGAAGGCAGACCUGUCUAUGCCUUAGAUGAGCUGAAUUGCGGCACAAUUCGCGAGACAUUCGCUGUCAUUGAAAAGUACUGGUAUUUGGGAAACUAUCUCAAGCCUUAUUUGGCGUUCAUUUCCAACUCAUUUAAAAGUCUCCCGGGAGUGGAAGGGGUGAACAUAUCGUACAGCAAGCCGUGCACCGGUUGCUCGAAGUGCUACCAGCGCUUCGAGCGCCAGACAGCCGGCGCUGAG